AUGGCCAGUCUUAUUAGAGCACGCGUGUUGACGCGUAACAGUAGUCAACGCUUAUUUUCCACCACUGCUUUUGCAUUCAAUUCUCACAACCUGGGACCUAUUGGCGAAGGAGCCAAGAAGGAGCCCAUAUCACAACCCAUUGAGCCUACCGAUAACAGUAAAGUGACCCAUUUUGGGUUUCGAACAGUUGCAGAACAAGAUAAGGAAAAGCUUGUGCACGAUGUAUUUUCAAAUGUUGCGGCCAACUACGACUAUAUGAAUGAUGCCAUGUCUGCAGGUAUUCACCGUCUUUGGAAGGACCAUUUUGUUUCGAAGCUUGACCCUGGCCGCAGACCCGGUGGUGAACCUCUCAACUUUUUGGAUGUUGCUGGUGGUACUGGUGACAUUGCAUUCCGGAUCUUGGAGCACGCUGCGCGGGUUCACGGGGACGUUGAGUCUAAGAUGACCAUCACUGACAUUAACGGAGACAUGCUGCGGGAAGGCGAGAAGCGAGCGUUACAGACACCAUGGAAGGAUGGUUCGAGGUUGACUUUUAUUGAACAGAAUGCCGAGCUUUUGGAUGCGAUUCCCGACAACUCGCAGGACGUGUACACGGUUUCGUUUGGUAUCCGCAACUUUACCAAUUUGCCCAAGGCCCUAAAGACUGCCCACAGAGUGCUUAAGCCUGGUGGUGUUUUUUCAUGUCUUGAGUUUAGCAAGGUCAACAACCCAUUGUUGGGCACUUUGUACCGUGAGUACUCUUUUAAAGUUAUCCCCUUGUUGGGUCAGAUUUUGGUCAAUGACCGGGAUUCGUACCAGUAUCUUGUGGAGAGCAUUGAACGGUUCCCUACACAGGAGGAGUUUGCUCGGCUGAUUGAGGAGGCAGGCUUUACAUUGGCAGGUAAGGGUUAUGAGAAUCUGACAUUUGGUGUUGCUGCGAUCCACACUGGUGUGAAGCUAUAG